AAUAUCACUUGUGGCGGGUCGGAACGAUUUGUGCUGGAUUUUAUCUACGUUAAUACAUUAGUGUAGUGAAUAUUUAGGAUAAACAAGAGCAAAAUGUCACACAAAAGGAAUUCUAUGGAUACUAGUGUCCUUGAAAAAUUGAUUACAACGAGUUCUGAUGAGGAUACAAUGGAAGAAAAAAAUACGAGAGUAGAUACAACAACGAAAAAUGAAGGAUACGAAGCAUACAAAAAUGACAUCAAAGAAUCAUCGUGGAAAUUUUGGAAGAAGAGAAGAUACGUUGUAGCGAUUUUAGCAUUUUUAGGAUUUUUUACUUCAUAUAUACUUCGUGUUAAUUUAAGCGUAGCGAUAGUUGCGAUGACCGAAGAUAAAAUCGAUGAGAAUGGAAAUAUUUAUCGGAAAAGAGAAUUUGAUUGGGAUUCGAAAACGAAAGGACUUGUUUUGAGUUCAUUUUUUUAUGGAUAUUUGAGUACUCAAUUAUUUGGUGGAUGGUUGGGUGCCAGAAUUGGAGGUAAAAGAGUGUUUGGCAUCGGGAUUGCAGCAACAGCAUUUUUUACGAUUAUUACACCUCCUCUUGUCAGAACAAGUGUAUAUAUUCUAGUUGUUUUGCGUAUUGUUGAAGGAAUUUGUGAGGGUGUUACAUACCCCUGUAUACAUGCAAUUUGGGCUCAAUGGGCACCCCCAUUAGAAAGAUCAAAAUUAGCAACCCUUGCAUUCUCUGGUAGUUUCUUAGGAACCGUUUUUGCUAUGCCUAUUUCUGGGAUAAUGGCUGAACAUCUCGGUUGGCCUUCAGUUUUUUAUGUAUUUGGUAUAGUAGGAAUUAUUUGGUUCAUUGCAUGGUGGAUCUUUGUCAAAGAUUAUCCUGAAGAUGAUCCUCGUAUAUCUCAAGCUGAACUGCAAUAUAUUCAAAGUAGUAUCGGUAUAACUACGAACAAAAUGAAAGUAAAACAUCCAUGGAAAGCUAUGUUGACUUCUCCGCCUGUUUGGGCUAUUGUUGCUGCUCACUUCAGUGAAAAUUGGGGAUUUUAUACCAUGUUGACACAAUUACCAACAUUUAUGAAAGACGUGCUCAAAUCUGAAUUGGAAGCAACUGGUUUUAUGUCUGCUCUUCCAUAUUUGGCGAUGACCAUAGUUGUUCAGUUUUCCGGUCAACUGGCUGAUUAUUUAAGAACAAAAAAAAUCUUAACGACUACUCAGGUUCGUAAGCUAUUUAAUUGCGGUGCAUUUAUCUUUCAAACGAUCUUCAUGACCAGCGCUGCUUUUGUCUCGACUAAAGUCGGAGUGGUUAUCUGUAUUACCAUAGCAGUUGGCCUUGGUGGCUUUGCUUGGUCUGGUUUUGGUGUCAAUCAUUUGGAUAUUGCACCAAAACAUGCCAGUGUUUUAAUGGGAAUAGGUAAUACAAUAGCAACUUUACCAGGAGUCGUAAGUCCCAUUAUUACUGGAUAUGUUGUUCAAAACAAAAGUGCAACAGAAUGGAGAACGGUAUUUAUUAUCGCUGGUACAGUUUAUCUUUUAGGUGCUAUAAUUUACGGUAUUUUUGCAUCCGGGGAUAAACAAAGUUGGGCUGAUGAUACUUUAAAAAAACAAAGCGAAGAAAAAGUUUACGAUAAUCCAGGAUUAGAAGUAGAUAGUUUAUAAUUAAUAAAUAUUUUAAUGAUGUAAAAAAAAUGAAGAUAAAUUAUUAUUAACACUAGGUUUAUGGACAUUUCCUAUAUACCUGUCUUUACCAACAUAUGUGAAAUUGAUGCGUGAAGGAAACUACAUAUUUUCUUUAAAAAAUAACUUAUUUUACCGCUAAUUCUGAUAUUA